CGAGAGCGCGAGAGCAAGAGCGAGAGGGAGGAGCGAGAGAGAGAGAGAGAGAGAGAGAGAGGAAGAGAGCGAGAGAGCGAGGAAGAGAGCGAGAGAGCGAGG